UCACCAAGGCCGACUCAGACCCCAGAUAUCAUGCGCCAAACGUGCCAUCUUCGGCCUGGGGUUCCGGCGUGUAUGGGAACUGGGAAGAGGGGCUGGCAAAGAAGGGAGGCGGGGCGGCGGCGAGAGCGCCGGCAGAGGGGCGCGCCCCCAGCCUCGCAGAGCUCUCCCGCCGGGCUCGCGGCGCUUGGCUCAGCCCACGCGCCUCCCCCGGCUCUCUCCUCCGCCCCCCUUCGCCCUCCCUCUUCCCUCCCUCUCUCCUCCUCCUCCUGCGGCAGCCUCCGCCGCUGCCAGACCUCGCCAGUUCCGACCCACGGGGCUGCCCUCCCCUGCACUCUCCCCUCGCUGCCCGGCCCGGAGCGCAGCGCUGCCGCGCAGAUUCACGAUGCUGAAAGCCCUUUUCCUGACUAUGCUGACUCUGGCGCUGGUCAAGUCACAGGACACCGAGGAAACCAUCACGUACACGCAAUGCACAGAUGGAUAUGAGUGGGACCCCGUAAGACAGCAGUGCAAAGAUAUUGAUGAAUGUGACAUUGUCCCAGAUGCCUGCAAAGGUGGAAUGAAAUGCGUCAACCAUUAUGGAGGAUACCUCUGUCUUCCUAAAUCAGCCCAGAUUAUUGUCAAUAAUGAACAACCUCAGCUAGAACCACCAGCAUCCGAAAAUGUGGGUGCAGCUGCAAAUGCAGUCGCAGCCGCGGGUACAGGUGGGGGUGUAGCAGCCAGUGGCAUGGCAACCAGUGGAGUGGUGCCCGGGACUGGUUAUGUUGCCAGUGCUGCUGCAGUUGCAGGCCCAGAAGUGCAGACCAGCAGAAAUAACUUUGUCAUCCGGAGGAAUCCAGCUGACCCUCAGCGCAUUCCCUCUAACCCUUCUCACCGGAUCCAGUGUGCAACAGGCUAUGAGCAGAGUGAGCAUAACAUCUGCCAAGACAUAGAUGAGUGCACCGCAGGGACACACAACUGUAGAGCCGACCAGGUGUGCAUCAAUUUACGUGGCUCCUUCGCCUGCCAGUGUCCUAUAGGGUAUCAGAAGCGAGGAGAUCAGUGUGUGGACAUAGAUGAAUGCACCAUGCCUCCAUAUUGCCACCAAAGAUGCGUGAACACACCAGGAUCGUUUUAUUGCCAGUGCAGUCCUGGGUUUCAGUUGGCGGCCAACAAUUAUACCUGCGUAGACAUAAAUGAAUGUGAUGCCAGCAAUCAAUGUGCCCAGCAAUGCUACAACAUUCUUGGUUCAUUCAUCUGUCAGUGUAAUCAAGGAUAUGAGCUAAGUAGUGACAGGCUCAACUGUGAAGACAUUGAUGAAUGCAGAACCUCAAGUUACCUGUGUCAAUAUCAAUGUGUCAAUGAGCCUGGGAAAUUCUCGUGUAUGUGCCCUCAGGGAUACCAAGUGGUGAGAGGUAGAACAUGUCAGGAUAUAAAUGAGUGUGAGACCACAAAUGAAUGUCGGGAAGAUGAAAUGUGUUGGAAUUAUCAUGGAGGCUUCCGUUGUUACCCACGAAAUCCUUGUCAGGAUCCCUACAUUCUAGCAUCAGAGAACCGAUGUAUUUGCACAGUCACAAAUGCAGUGUGCCGAGAACUCCCCCAGUCCAUAGUCUACAAAUAUAUGAGCAUCCGAUCUGAUAGGUCUGUGCCAUCAGACAUCUUCCAGAUACAGGCUACAACCGUUUAUGCCAACACUAUCAAUACUUUUCAGAUUAAAUCUGGAAAUGAAAAUGGAGAAUUCUACCUAAGACAAACAAGUCCUGUAAGUGCAAUGCUGGUGCUGGUGAAGUCGCUAACAGGACCAAGAGAAUAUAUUGUGGACCUGGAGAUGCUGACAGUCAACAGUAUAGGAACCUUCCGCACAAGCUCAGUGUUAAGAUUGACAAUAAUAGUGGGGCCAUUUUCAUUUUAGUCUUUUAAAAGAGUCCACUAGAGGCAUUUAAAUCAGCCAAAGAAUAUUGUUACCUUAAAGCACUAUUUUAUUUAUAGACAUACCUAGUACAUCUACAUCUAUAUACUGUACACUCACCAAUAAUUCAAACAAUUACACCAUGGUAUAAAGUGGGCAUUUAAUCUGUAAAGAUUCAAAGUUUGCCUUUAUUACUAUAUGUAAAUUAGACAUUAAUCCACUAAACUGGUCUUCUGCAAGAGAGCUAAGCAUACUCUAUCCGGUGAAACUUGGAUUCUUUUCUGUAAAAGUGGGACCAAGCAAUGAUUAUCUUCUGUGGUGCUUAAGGAAACUUACUACAGCUCCACUGACAGUCUCAUUAGGAGGCACCCAUCAUAACAUUGAAUAGCAAGUUCAAGAAUGAGGUUUUUUUAACUGCUUUGUAAGAAAAUGGAAAAAGUCAAUAAAGAUAUAUUUCUUUAGAAAAUGAGGA